AAUCUCUCUUGCAUGUUGCUGUAAUGUUAUAUACACCUAACUCUUAGCAUAUUAAUUGCUUGUCAACAAGGUAGAGCUAGCUUCUCCUCGUCCAUGGCGUGCUGCAUCAAACUAAAUCUCAACGUUGAUGUCAACAGUUGCCUAAGUGGGAUGUGGGCAACGCUGCAAUCGGGUAGGCCAAAAUCUGGUAUCAAGAAAUUGGAAAAGGGAAUGACAAGAUUGAGAGGCAAAAGAGACGACAUCAAGAACAAGAUCACUGAAGCGGAGCGUGAAGGGAAAAUUCCGACCAGCCAAGUGAGCCAGUGGCUACGAGAGGUGGAGAUAUUGGAAGCCAAAGUGGGUGACAUCGACCAAGAUUUCCAAAGCAUUAGUUGCUUCAGUUGCAAUUGUUUCAAUCGAACUGACGGCACGUCGAGUAACCCAACAGAAGCUUUUGCUGCACAUCUAGAGGAUGCAGAAAACGCUGUCACUCAAACACAGCAAGCAGGAGAUGAUGUUCCCAUCAGAGAGUCAUCAAAUUGCUGCUCCAUCAUCCCAAGAGUGGCGAAGAGGCUCGACGAGGCUAAUGAAUUGAUGAGCCGAGCUGGUGGCCUGGAUCCGAUUGCCACAGUUGGUCCUCCAGAACCCACCCUGAUGCUUCCCAUCUCACACCGAUCGCCUGUUGGGAUCGAGUCGGAUGUGGAGGACAUUGUGGGCUACGUCGAUGGUCGAGAAGGCAACAUCAUAGGCAUCUACGGAAUGGGCGGUAUCGGUAAGACCACCAUGUUGAAGAGCAUCCAACGACACUAUUAUAAUCAAAGAAUAUUUGAUUGUGUCAUUUGGGUUGUAGCCUCCAAAGACUGCCAAUUGGGAAGGCUCCAGAUGGAUAUUGCUAAGAGUCUAGGAUUGAGCACACUGCAGGAGAGUGAUGAUGAGCGAACUUGUGGUGAUAAGCUGUUUAGAUUCUUGGAGGACAGGAACUGCUUGCUGCUUCUCGAUGACAUUUGGGAACAUGUGGAUCUUCAACUGUUGGGUAUGGCACACUCAGCUACUGAGCGAGGCCAACAACAGAAGCCGCGUAAGAUCGUGGUGUUCACGACCCGCAGCGAGACAGUGUGUGCACAAAUGAAAGCAGAAAAGAAGAUCAAAGUCAAAUGUCUGGAUUCAGAUCAAGCAUGGCAACUCUUUGAGCAGAACAGCGAUGGGGAUGUUCUCUGCUCAGAUGCUGGAAUUAAGUUCGUUGCUGAAAAACUUACUAAAGAAUGUGGAGGUCUUCCGCUCGCUCUUGUCACCGUCGCCCGGGCCAUGUCAGGGAAAAGGUCUUGGGAAGCUUGGAAGGAAGCUCUCCAUCAAAUAAGGGAUAAACAUGAGUGGACAACUAUUGGUCUUUCAGAAGAUUCACUCGUCAUGUAUAAAGCUUUCAAGCUGAGCUACGACAGUUUAGAGAAUGACUCCAUAAGAAAAUGUCUCUUGUGCUGUGUUUUGUGGCCUGAAGAUUAUGAGAUCAACAAAUUAUCUGAUUUGAUACCGUGUUGGAUAGGUUGCGGCAUAAUCCAUGAAUUUAAUGUGAUCAACGAAUCUUUCGACAAAGGAUACUCCUGUUUGGAAGCUCUCAUGGCUGCAUCCUUGCUAGAGCAAUGUAGUAGCAUGGAUUAUUAUAGGGACACAGCUGUAAAGAUGCACGAUGUCAUCCGAGACAUGGCACUGUUGAUGGUCUCUGGAUCGGAGGGGAACAGAAGAAAAUGGAUGGUAAAAGCAGGAAUUGGGUUGCGUGAUUUGCCUAGACAAGAAGAAUGGCAAGAAGCAGAGCGAGCAUCAUUCAUGAGGAAUAAGAUUACUUCUUUACAAGAUUAUAUAGCUUCCCCUUUUCCAAAACUUUCUAUGUUGAUUCUCAAUGAGAAUAGGUUUCUGAAAAUGAUUCCUCCGAGUUUGUUCGCAAACAUGCCUUGUUUAACAUACUUGGAUCUCAGUGGAUGUGGUAUAACAGAGCUUCCUAAGGAAAUUUGUAGCUUAACUGAGCUUCGAUAUUUAAACUUGUGGGCAAAUCCUAUUACAAGACUGCCGGCUGAGUUUGGUUGCUUGGGCAAAUUAGAGUACUUGCUUUUAAGGGGUACUCAUCUUAAGAUUGUACCCACUGGGACAAUAUCCAAUUUAUCAAUGCUCAAGUGGCUGGAUAUGGCAAACAUUUUUCCUACAACUGACUGGUGGUAUGAUGAGCUGAAAUGUUUCAAAGGGCACCACCAAUUAUGUGUGGGAAUUAAAAUUAAUGCUACAACAGAUAACAUUGAGUGACUCAACAUGUUACCACCAAAUGUCUUCAUAUGGGACCUCACUUUGCAUGGAAAGAAUAUUUCAGAACUUCCAAACUACGAUCUGGACAUUCCAAAAUGGAGCUGCAGGGUAAGUGACAACCUUGAGAUUCUGUGCAUUAUGAACCUCAGAUUAGAUAAAUUAAUUUUGGCCGCUGGCGUGGAUUGCGAAUCAAGUUUCGGAAGUUUAAAGAUUCUCCAUUUUUAUAACCUAGAACUAUUGGAAGAGAUUUCAUUGAAUAGAGUUCGGCUGUACAACCUUCGUGAAAUAUAUAUUUCUGGAUGCCCUAAGUUGAAGGAUGUUUCUUGGGUUCUACAACUGCCAUGCCUUAAUCUUCUAGAGAUAGAUAAUUGUCCAGAAAUGAAGGAAGUAAUAAGUAAGGUCGGGAACUCCUCCAACUCCAUCUCUAGCUCUAGCAUCCAGAGCUUGAUUUUGUUGGACAUGCCAAACCUCAAUAGCAUUGCAAACGGACAGCUCCAUUUUCCCUAC